GUGCCCGUCGUCUCCGCUCGCUGUUUGCGGUCACCACGAUGGUCUACUCGAGGAGUACACGUCUCUUCGCAACGCUCUCGCUCCUCGGCAUCGCCAAUGCAGCCAUUCAGAAUGCGAUCCUCCGAGGAAAGCCGUUGCUACCUCAGGCCCCAAUACCGGACCGAGAGAUCAAUGGGCCUAAUGGAGCGACGGUCAACAUCAGCACGGUGUACUACUUUGACCAGUUGAUUGACCACAGCAACCCGAGCCUUGGUACUUUCCAACAGCGCUACUGGACGUCCAACGAGUAUUAUCAAACUGGUGGACCGGUCAUCUUGAUGACACCUGGAGAGACUGACGCUGAUGGUUACGAGGGUUACCUCACGAAUGGCACCAUCAACGGCCAGAUCGCGCAACAGGAGAACGGAGCUACAGUACUCGUGGAACAUCGGUUCUUUGGCUAUUCGAACCCAUACGACAACCUCACGUCCCAGAGCCUCGAGCUCUUGACGAUUGAGCAGGCUGCGCAAGACUUGGCCUACUUUGCACAGAAUGUGGAUUUGCCCUGGGAGGGUGGUGACUCAGUCAAGCCUGAUACCACGCCGUGGAUCUUGGUUGGUGGAAGCUACUCGGGUGCCCUUACGAGCUGGACGAUGGUCAGCCAACCCGGCGUCUUCUACGCCGGCUAUGCCUCCUCUGGUGUGGUCGAAGCCAUAACCGACUACUACGGAUACUUCACGCCUAUUCGCGAGUACAUGCCUCAGAACUGCUCAUCCGAUGUCGAGGCCGUGAUCACGUACCUCGAUGGUCUGUAUGAUGCCAACAACCAGACCGGAAUCCAAUCUCUUAAAGAGACUUUCGGUCUCGGUGCCUUGACCCACACGGACGACUUUGCUGCAGCUCUCCAGGACAACCUAUUUGAUUGGCAGAGCCUUCAGCCCGAUUCGGGUCCCGAUCAAAUGUUCUUCCAAUUCUGUGAUGCAUUGGAGGUCAAGGAUGGUGUCAGCGCUGGUGCAACUGGCUGGGGUCUUGACAAUGCGAUCGAGGCUUGGGGAUCAUUCUGGAACACGACGUAUUACUCGUAUGUUUGUGGAGACACAGAUGCUGAGACGUGCUUGGGCACCUACGACACUACAGAGUCGUUUUGGACUGACACUUCUAUCAACAACGCUGAUCGGUCGUGGAUGUGGUUUGUGUGUAACCAAGUCGGAUACUACCAGGUCGGCCCUCCUGAAGGCCAACCUGCAAUCGUUAGCCGCAUCCUUCAGCCUGUCUACGAGGAGCGUCAGUGCGUCAACUUCUUCCCGCAGAAGUUCUCGACGCCACCUACCCCAGCCGUCGACGCGACUAACGCCGAGUACGACGGAUGGAACGUCAACAUCGACAGACUGUUCUUCGCCAACGGCCUGCGCGACCCCUGGCGCGAAGCCACCGUCUCCGCCGACGGGCUCAACAAGGCAAACACGACCACGCAGCCGAUCUACGAGGGAGACGGGUUCCAUUGCUCAGACCUCCUGACAGAUAACGGUGUCGUGGACUCUACCGUUCUAGCUGUCCAGCAGGCAGGUUUGGCAUACAUGAAGGAGUGGUUGGCGGCGUACGGCUCUCAAUGAGGACACUUUGCUUGAUAUUUACCAUGUCAGUUGUAUUGGGUGUAGAUUAUGAGGUCAAACAUCUGGGUCAUGUUUAAGCAGCAACGAGACUAUCAGUAUUAUCAGAAACCUCCAGAGCUACUAGUUCUGAAGGUACACGACG